UAUCCUAUCAGCGGGUGCUCAGAGGGAAUAACAAGAGACCUUUAUACCACACACACACACACACACACACUCUCUCUCACACACACACAGUCUUGUAUGUGCUCUUGCGCAUCGCAGAUCUUAGAAAGUGCUCGUGUUCAACUAUAGUGAAAGUUAACAUGUAUAUGCACGCUUUGAUACGCGCGAGCCUUGGAUUUGUAGGUUUCUGCUUGGUCGCCUUUGUCCAGCAGUCAGCUUCAGGAAGUAAAACCUCUCAAGAUGUGGACGAGUGUGCCGAAGCACUUGACAACUGCAGCAUCGAUGCCAUCUGCCAGAACACCCUGAAGUCAUACAAAUGCAUCUGCAAGUCAGGCUAUAAAGGGGAUGGCAAACAUUGCGAAGAUGUCGACGAGUGUGCAACUGAAUACAACGGUGGCUGCGUGCAUGAGUGCAUCAACAUCCCGGGAAAUUACAGGUGCACAUGCUAUGAUGGCUUCCGCUUGGCACAUGAUGGGCACAAUUGUCUAGAUGUGGAUGAGUGCUCCGAAGGCAACGGCGGAUGCCAACAGAUUUGUGUCAACAUGAUGGGCAGCUACGAGUGCCGCUGCAGAGAAGGAUUCCUCCUGAGUGACAACCAGCAUACCUGUAUCCAACGGCCUAAAGUGCAACCAGAAGGCGCAAAGGAGGGACCCACCUGCAUGGACAAGAAUCAUGGCUGUGCACACAUCUGCAGGGAAACACAGAAGGGUGGCAUCUCCUGUGAGUGUCGGCCUGGAUUCCAGCUCACCCGUAACAUGAAGGACUGCAAAUUGACGUGUAACUAUGGUAAUGGCGGCUGCCAGCACAUCUGCGAGGAGACAGACCACGGCCCCAAGUGUUCGUGCCACAUGAAGUUCGUCCUGCACAGCGAUGGAAAGACUUGUGUAGGGGAGAGGAGUGUCCCGUCGCAGGCAGUCCCACAGCUGUUCCCCAAUGAGACCUGUGCAGUGAACAAUGGCGGCUGUGAUAGCACAUGUCAUGAUUCAGUGACAGGAGUCCGCUGCAGCUGUCCCGUUGGCUUCACUCUGCAGCCGGACCGCAAGACCUGCAAAGAUAUUGACGAGUGCCGUCUUAACAAUGGGGGAUGUGAUCAUGUGUGUCGAAACACAGUGGGCAGCUUUGAGUGCAGCUGCAAGAAAGGCUACAAGCUGCUGACCAAUGAGAGAACUUGUCAAGAUAUUGACGAGUGCUCUUUUGACCGCGCCUGUGACCACUUUUGUGUCAACUCUGCUGGCAGUUUCCAGUGCCUCUGUCAUAAAGGCUACGUCCUCUACGGCCUUGCACACUGUGGAGAUAUUGAUGAAUGCAGUAUAAAUCGUGGAGGUUGUAAAUAUGGCUGCAUCAACACUCUGGGGAGCUACGAGUGUACCUGUCCAGCAGGGUACAAGCUGCACUGGAACAGGAAAGACUGUGUUGAGCUGGUGAAAUGCCCUCCUGGACUUGUAGCGCCAAAGGCCACGCUGACGUGCAGCAAGACGGGCAAGAAAGAGAGCUGCUCUCUUACCUGUGCCUCUAAGGCUCACUAUCUGGCAGAGUCUGACAGCAGCUACUCAGUCAGCUGUGGCAUCCCCAUCCUUAGAGGGAAGUCCCCCGCCAGGCUCAACUCCAGCAGCAGUCAGAGCUGCAUAGAGACUUUGGCCCCACCAGUGAAGCAGACGGCUUCUUUCAAGAUUAAAAACGCCAAAUGUCACCUGCACCCGAAGCUGACCGGCAGGACGGAGGACAGAGGACGGACACUUGGACCAGGAGGCGGGCAGCCCUGCAGCAACUGCCUGGUGACAUUCGUCAACCUCAAAUGUGACUCGUCUAAGAAAGCUAAAGGGCGACGUGCUCGCAACCCCGCCAACAAAGAGGUAACACGCAUCACUUUGGAGCUGGAAGCUGAGGUCAAACCUGGAGACACGACAGGGAGUUGCAACCUGAGCUGCCUCAGGCAGCGCAUGGAGAAGCAGGUUAAGACGUAUAUCAAGGCUCUGAAGAAGUCCAUCAACCAGGAGCGCUUCCUGAUCCGAGUGGCUGGUUUGGAAUACGAGGUUGCCCAAAAACUUCCCCAGGCUGCUCCCAUUCAGGAGAACUGUGGCCCGGGCUGGGAGAGGGACAGCGGACGAUGUGUCAGAUGCUUGCCGGGGUCUUACUAUCACGGUGAGCAGGAGCGCUGUGUCCAGUGUCCGCCCGGCACUUUCCAGGAGAAGGAGGGGCAGCUGGCCUGCGACCUCUGCCCCGGCAGCGACGGCCACGGACCUGUCGGGGCCCGGAACAUCUCCUCCUGUGCAGGCCAGUGUCCAACGGGGUACUUCUCCAGCGAUGGGUUCAAACCUUGUCAGCCUUGCCCUCAGGGUGCCUACCAGCCAGAUCUGGGACGGACCCUGUGCUUCCCCUGUGGUGGAGGACUGAGCACCAAGCGGGAGGGUGCCAGCUCCUUCCAUGACUGUGAAGUCAAAGUUCAGUGCUCUCCAGGUCAUUACUACAACACCACAGUACACCGGUGUAUCCGCUGCCCUGUGGGGACGUAUCAGACAGAGUUUCGACAGAACUACUGUAUUUCCUGCCCUGGGAACACCACCACUGAUUUUGACGGUGCCACGAGUGUCUCACAGUGCAAGAACAGGCAAUGCGGUGGUGAGAUGGGCGAAUUCAUGGGUUACAUUGAGUCACCUAACUAUCCCGGUAAUUACCCUGCUAAUGUGGAGUGUAUUUGGAACAUCAACCCGCCCAGCAAGCGUAAGAUCCUAAUCGUGGUGCCAGAGAUUUUCCUGCCCUCAGAGGAUGAGUGUGGAGAUGUGCUGGUUAUGAGGAAGAACUGGUCAGCCACAUCCAUCACCACCUAUGAGACGUGUCAGACGUACGAGCGGCCGAUCGCCUUCACAGCUCGCUCCAGACGCCUCUGGAUUAACUUCAAGUCCAAUGAGGCCAACAGCGCCCGGGGCUUUCAGAUCCCCUAUGUUACUUAUGAUGAGGACUACGAACAGCUCGUAGAGGACAUAGUGCGGGACGGACGACUCUAUGCCUCAGAAAACCAUCAAGAAAUCCUCAAGGAUAAAAAACUGAUUAAGACUCUUUUUGAUGUGCUGGCUCACCCAAACAACUACUUUAAGUACACCACUCGGGAGUCCAACGAGAUGCUUCCUCGCUCCUUCAUACGCCUCAUAAGCAGCAAAGUGUCGGCUUUCCUGCGACCAUACAAGUAAAAAAAAGUCGCUCAGCUGCUGAGGCGCCGGAUCAUGACCCCCCUCCCCCUCUCCCUCCCUGACAUCCCCCUCCACCUUACAGGCCACAUCCCGCAACUCCCACAGGACUUAAAACAUACUCGUAUGUUUACCUUCUCUUAUUUUCCAUAGGCUUCGACAAUAAACACUAUGCAGACCUGAGAAAUACUGAAAAUCAUUUGUGUUUUAGCUUUUUUGUCAGCGUCCGUUCAGCACAGGUCUGCAAUCCCGAGCUCAAGCGUUUAGUGGGGAUGUAGAGUAUGUGAGUGGGUUUGGUUUCUAUUGUGUUGUGCAAUGAAACCACAAAAAGAAAAACAAACAAAAAAAAAAAACAAUAGAAACACCCAUUUCAGACAGUAGGAGUGACGUUUUGUGUGCACGGUCUGAGCUUGAUAGAGCUUGUAUUUGCUUCAGUGAGUGGUCUGAGCUCCAGCUCCUACCAUUAAGUAUGACUGUCGGUGUUGUGUAAGUGUUGUGUAACCCCGGUUCCAUCUUCAGUGUCUGUGUGCUGUCCUCGAGGAGGAGCGGCUGUUCAGUUCACGUCGCAGCUGCGUUCCACGUCAUUCAAAGCCUUACUAUAUUUGAGCUCUUAGAGCAGUUUCCAAGGGUCUUACUGUUAAAACAGUUAAUCUGUGUUUUGUUCCGUCUGUCGAGACUCUACCGACGUUUUCCAGCCUUCAGAUCAUUUCUGUUGUUUUUUUUUUUUUUUUUUAAUUCUAAGCCAACUUAAAAUCAAAUACAACAAAGGUGGUUUAUCGAUCCAGGAACAUAGUGGACAUUCGGGAGAUGAAUAACAAACUAAUUGUGAGAGCCACAGAAAUGAGAUAAUGUGAUGUCUAGUGGAACAUGUCUCUGAGAGAGAGAUAGAGAGAAAUGUCUUUGAGGGACAUUAUGUUUGCUGCUUCUUUUAAAAAGGUCACUUUAAUUCUUCAAUCUCAUAUUGUCUUUCUGAUGUACUCUACACACUAAUAGUGUGUAGGUUUGAAACAAAAAGUAAGCUCCACACCUGAAAUACUUUAGUUCUUACUCACAGUAAGCUGAAUCUCACAUCGCCUGUCUGUCCGUGGACGACCAGUUUUAUUUCAAUCUUGUAAAUAAUGAAAAUAAAUUAGACGAGGGUUGAAUUCUUUGAUCCUAAAUUUCUAACGCAGGAACCCCCCCCACCUUCCCAACACUUAAUGUCUCACCCGUCUCAAAUCCAAAGACACGGUACCCCCCUCAAACACCCCACUCGCAUUGUAUUCUGUCCCAAUGAAGACAGCUCUUCCAAAGACCGCCCAGAAAGAGGGCGGGUCACUUUGUUUUGUGCACUAAAUCCAGAACACGCCGUCCGACCUUCGUAGUGCAAAGUGCAAUGAAUGAAAAUACCACACCUUAAAUCUUAGUUACACCCCAAACAAAGCUUGUGAAAUGUGUUUUAGGCUGCAGUCUUGCUGAGACUCAUUGUGUUAAAUAUUUAUCAAACACUACGGGCACAAGAUGCUUCUCUUAUUCAGAGAAAUACUCAAAAAUAUGGAAUAAAACCAGAGGAUUCGGUGUGUAGAAGAUAGUCUUUGUGAUUCCAAAACAGGGUAAAAUAAGUAAGAAUCUAAUGCUUCGUAUUGAAUCUGCCAGAAUAGUUAAAGGAGUAGUUCAACAUUUUUAGGAAAUGUGCUUAUUCGCUUUCUUGUCAAAGAAUCAGACAACCUUGAAAACGCUAAAUGCUACAGCCAUGUGACAGUUAGCUUAGCACAAAGACUGGAAACAGCUAGCCAGGCUCUUUGAAGGUAACAGAAUCCGCAUAGUUGAACCUUUAAAGCUCACUAAUUAACACGUUGCAUCUCAUUUGCUAAAUCUGCGUAAAAACCCAAAUGUAAGUCAUGUUGCCGUUUCAGAGGAGGAUGUGUUGCACUAUUUCUCGGCCAGGUGCCGUGACUUAAUGCAGGACGCUCUGCAAGAAAGCAAAUAAUUAUUUCCCAAAGUUUGGGGACUAUUCCUUUAAAGUCAUUAAGUCUUUGCAGUCAGAUUGGUCCAAUUCUAAUCUCAACUCCUUCACCUGCAUAUUCAACCCUCAGAAUAAAUCGAGUCGACGCCUGCUUUUCUAAUGAAUAUUUCGGGGGCUGUAUUUUGCCCACACUCAUGUAAAUAAAGAUAAGUGAGAUGGUGCAUUUCGUAUCACGGUAUUUUAAGCACCCGAACUUUAGGAUGACACAAAAGGGAUUUCAACGGCGUCGUAAAACUUGAGGGCGAUUGCUGGGCCAAGCCGUGGUAAACUCCACGGUAUCUCCACGUGAGCCAGCAGGCGGCGCUUGCUCACCCGUGUGCGAUCAUUCCCCAAAACUCCCCCCUCAGACCAGAAUCAGCUUCUUUCCUGCAACCUGAUUUUUUUUUUUUUUUUUAAUUGUUGCCUUUUAAACGAGAGUUUGCUAUGAUGUAUCAUAGAGUUGAUAAUGAUAUUUGCACUUGAAUUGUAAUUGCUCAUGUAAAGAAAUGUCUGGAUUUUUGUAUUGUCUUUUUAAAUGAAUGGAAUUGGUGUUCUUAUUUUCUUGUAGCUUGUUUGUUCAUGAAAUGCUCACUCACCGUUUAGUCUAUAUAGAUGAUACACAUAACAUUAUCAACUGUAAAAAAAAAAAAAAGAAAAAAGAAAAAAAAACUAUGUACAGAGGUGAAUGAAACAAGUUUGUACUUGU